UUUCUCAUUCGGCUCUUCAAUAUUCGCAUCGCACACUUUCCUUCACAAAGCCUACUCAUUCCCACAAAUCUAGCCACUGUUCUUUGUUAUUUCCAUUUUUCACCCGACCCGACGUCGUAUCAGGGUUCCUUGUCAAAUUGGCAUGAAGGCUGAGCUCGAUCCAGAUCUAGGAACUCACUCGCUUUGUUCCUGAAAUUGGAGGCGGUUUACGAGAAUUGCAUUGAUUCCGCGGCUAUAGGGUUUCAGAUCUCGCAUUUUGAGAGGGGGUUAUGUUAUUGUAGAAUUUCAAUUUAAGGUGGGGUUAGGAAAAUGCAUGUCAAAUCAGCACAAUCGACGUUCCGGGAUCGGACACAGGAGUUCCAAAGUAUAGCCGAGCAGCGUAAGAAGUCAUUUUCGUCAGGAUCGGUGCCAAAUGGGUCAAGUAGUAGCUCAAAGUCGGAGGAACAACGAUCUGUGGUUGCAAUUCAGUCUGAGUUCAACAGGAGGGCUUCCAAGAUUGGGUAUGGGAUACACCAGACGUCACAGAAGCUUGCAAAGUUGGCAAAGUUGGCAAAGAGGACUUCAGUUUUUGAUGACCCCACCAAAGAAAUCCAGGAGCUGACAGGACUUAUCAAGCAAGAUAUCACUGCACUAAACUCUGCAGUGGUAGACCUUCAGCUCCUUUCCAACUCGAGAAAUGAGAGUGGGAAUAUCUCUAGUGACACCACUAGUCAUUCAACCACAGUUGUAGAUGACCUCAAGAAUCGUUUGAUGAGCACCACAAAAGAGUUCAAAGAAGUUCUCACCAUGAGAACAGAGAACAUGAAGGUUCAUGAGAACAGAAGACAGCUAUUUUCUUCCACUGCUUCUAAGGAUUCUACAAAUCCUUUUGUCCGUCAGCGUCCGCUGGCUGCCAGGUCAGCCGCAAGCAGCUCAAAUGCCCCUCCUCCUCCUCCAUGGGCCAAUGGAUCACCAUCUUCAUCCCAAUCGUUUCCUAGAAAGCAGAUGGAUGGGGAGAGUCAGCCAUUGCUGCAGCACCAACAGCACCAUCAACAGCAACAAGAGCAGCAGCUGGUUCCAUUGCAAGACAGUUACAUGCAGAGCAGAGCUGAAACUCUUCAAAAUGUUGAGUCCACUAUUCAUGAGCUCAGCAGCAUCUUCAACCAGUUGGCCACUCUGGUUUCUCAGCAAGGAGAGAUUGCCAUCAGGAUUGAUGAGAACAUGGAUGACACAGUGGCAAAUGUGGAGGGGGCACAAGGCGCCCUGCUCAAGUAUCUGAACAGCAUAUCAUCUAAUAGGUGGCUGAUGAUCAAGAUAUUCUUUGUAUUGAUCUUUUUCCUCAUGGUUUUUCUAUUUUUUGUGGCGUAGUCACUGUGGAGACAGAAUUGAAAAGAAUGAAGAAAAAUGUUGUGUUUUUCCCCUGGUGAUUAGUCAUUAAUAUUCAUUUUAUACCUCAUUUUGCUUUAACCUAAUAAUCAUGCAGGGAGAUAUAAAAUUAGUAUCUAGUUGGCCUGUGAUAUAUAUUUAUGGAUACUCGCAAGUGUACAAGGUGUUGAAAACAAUUGAGAAUUGCGAAAAUUAUUUGUUAGUCUUCCAAA